AUGUCCAGUGGCUACAAGCUUUACGACUAUGACCCAUCGGAGGCAGCUGCUAUUUGCUUUGCAAUCGCUUUUGCAGUCGCUACCCUUUUCCACCUUUAUCGCAUGAUCCGAACACGCACAUGGUAUUUUACGUCGUUUGUCAUCGGUGGACUGUUUGAGGUUGUUGGGUACGCGGCAAGAGCUUAUAAUGCAACGCAAACGCCAAACUGGGGCGUAGGGCCAUAUGUAAUGCAAAGCUUGUUGCUCUUGCUGGCCCCCGCUCUUCUCUCGGCUUCAAUCUAUAUGAUUCUCGGACGCAUUAUUCGACUUGUCAACGGAGGCUCUCGCUCCUUGAUACGCCCGUCAUGGCUUACAAAAAUCUUCGUGACGGGCGAUGUCUUGUCAUUUUUUAUUCAAAGCGGAGGAGGCGGAAUGCUUGCACAGGCGAAGUCCCAAAACACCAUCAAUAUGGGAAAUCAUAUCAUCGUUCUUGGUCUCAUUGUUCAGCUGUUAUUCUUCGGUUUCUUCAUGAUUGUUUCCAUGAUAUUCCAUCGCCGAAUCACCGCAUCACCCACAGAUCUGUCACUAACGAUUGACGCACCAUGGUCACGAUAUAUGGGGGUCUUGUAUACGGCGAGUGUGCUGAUUAUGGUUCGCUCAGUUUAUCGAGUUGUCGAAUAUGUACAAGGUACAACCGGUACUCUGCAAGAGCAUGAAGCUUAUCUCCAGAUCAUUGCCGGAGGGAAGGCAUACAAGAAGAUGCAGGCCGACUUGGAAAUGCUUCAGGAUCCACGACAGAAUCAACCGUACCAACGAGAUUAUUGA